AAGGGCUGGUAGCUGUAGAUCUUGUUUGGGGAAUGUAGUGGAAACUGGAAAGGAUGAAAUGAAAAAUGGGCAGUCUUUGAAAUCUCCGCUGUGUUCAACACACAAACUAUCCCUUUCGCGUCGUUCACUCCGACCGUCCUCUCUACUCUCUCCCUCUUUCCCUCUCGGAAAAUGGCUACCAUCUCCAACACUCUCUUCUCUCCUCUCACUUCUCCUUCCCCUCUAUCUCCUCGUCGACCCUCUACAUUCACCGUUUCUCUCUCUGCCCCUCGCUUUCUUUCUCUUCAAUCCAAUCCUCGAUCCACCUUCAUCGCUUGCGCUUCUCUCGACGCUGGUAAAGGAGACGUUCCCGUCGAAAAGACAUAUUCAGCAUUCCCUACGGUGAUGGAUAUUAAUCAAAUACGGGAAAUUUUACCGCACAGGUUUCCGUUUCUUUUAGUGGAUAGAGUGAUUGAAUACAACCCAGGGAUCUCAGCAGUAGCAAUUAAGAAUGUGACUAUAAACGAUAACUUCUUUCCUGGGCACUUCCCUGAGAGGCCAAUUAUGCCUGGUGUGCUCAUGGUUGAGGCAAUGGCUCAGGUUGGGGGCUUGGUUAUGCUUCAACCUGAAGUUGGAGGCUCUCGUGAGAAUUUCUUCUUUGCAGGAAUCGACAAAGUGAGGUUCCGGAAACCAGUCAUUGCAGGAGACACUUUGGUUAUGCGAAUGACUCUGGUUAAGCAUCAAAAACGUUUUGGAAUUGCAAAAAUGGAAGGGAAGGCAUAUGUAGGAGGUGAGGUGGUAUGUGAGGGCGAGUUCUUGAUGGCUACAGGGAGCGAAUGAAGCCCCUGCUCAGUCGGGUACUUUUCUAACCAUGUUCCCCUUUUUCCCCGGCUAAAAUCAUAAGAACCUCCAUGUUGUUUCUUCCUUCAUUUUGCUUUUCCUACUUUGAUAAUGCACUUCUGUAGCCUUCUAAAUUUUGGGGUUACUAGGAUAUGGUUGUCAUGUGUGGAUUUCUUGCGGAGUAAAUGAUAUGACUAAACUUUCACCACUUGAA